AUGUCGCACCUCACCAACCCGCUCGCGACGACGGAGCAGCUCCUGCUGCGCUCGUCGCUCUCGUCGGUGCCACAGGACCUGCAGGAAUCGGCCUUCGUCGCGGCGCAAUGCCUGACGCAAGCUGCCGGUCAGCUGCUGCGCGCCCCGCAGGCCGUGACGGCGCAGGCCAACGUGCUCCUCGCGCGGUACUGGCUGGUGGACUCCCUCAUGGCCCACGAGUUCAGUGACGUCUCCGCUGCCGUCGUGUAUCUCGUGUGCAAGAUGGGACCGAAGCCGCGCUCUCCACGCGAUGUCGCAAAUGUCUACAGCUACCUGCUGUCGCCCGGCUCGGCGCUGUUUCGCACCGGCGAGCCGCCCGCAGACGACCCCAAGUCAUACUACCAAAGCGAAACCGAGUUCCUAGCGUUUUCGACCCGCAUCAUGGCGCUCGAGGCCCGCAUUCUCUACUCGCUGUCCUUUGAUACACAUGUUGCGCUGCCGCACCCACUGGCAAUCACCUAUUUGCAGACGCUCGAGUUCUUGUCGCGCCCGAGGUCGGAGGCGUCGUCACGCGUGGUGCAAUACCUCAACACGGCCCUCUUGUCGCCGCAGAUGCUCUACCUAACGCAUCAGCCGCACGCCCUGGCGGUGGCGGCAAUCUACAACGCGGCCCGUGACAUCGGCGCAAAGACGCCAGAGUCUGAGUGGUGGGAGGUAUUUGACGUGGACCGCGAGGAGCUGGGAUUCUUGGUGGUCGCCAUGCGCAGCCUGGAGGAUUGGCUGCGGCAACGCAAGGACGAACUACCAGUGUUUCGGGAGAGGAUGCUUACGCGGAGAGAUGUGGAGGACGAGAUGCGGAAACGCGGGCUGGCCGUGUCCAAUGGGGCUGGCCAAGCCGAGGAGGAGGCCGAAGCGAUGAAGAUGCUGGACGCCCGGCAGGCCGCCUAA